CAGCAGCUAUAGACCAAGCUCAAGCUCCACAACAGGUCCCGACUCUUGUAUUCCCAAGUUUAAAGAUUACCGCUCAAUGAAGAACCCCUUCUAUCCAUCCAGGUCUGAUGAGAGCCCAGAAGAAGUCUUCUUUAGAGGCAAACAAUAUCAUGGGCCAGCAGAGCUGGACGAGAUGGAGCAACCGAGUUCUGGUUUGAUGCUCGUUGAUGGUGCGGAUCAAGAUGGUGCAUCUGAGCUGAAUGAAGUCAAUGAAAGUGGCUUUGACGAGGAGAUGCUGGAGCUGGAUGAGUCCAUCUCUCCAGGUGACACCAUGGAGAGACAUCACAGGGAGCUUCUUAUUCAUGUCAUCCCACCGUCCCUGUGCAACUCUGAGGAACAAAUCGACGAAGGAUUAUCCAACGGUGUCAAGCAUAACACGUGUGACAGAGACGAAGCCGAUGCUCCAAAGAAACGGAGAGGUUCGGUAAUGACAAUAAUCACUGGGGACUGUGAGCAUGUCUUCUCAUUUGAUGAGGAGCAUCAGAUAGAUGCUUUGAACCCUGUGGGUGAGUCUCCUACUGCGUCUCCAAUAGAGGACCUUGCCUGCAUCAGAGAAGUGGUGGAGGAGCUCCAGGAUUCCUCACAAGCACGAAAAACCACAACUUCUGCGAAUAGUAUGCUAAUCUUACAUAUAGACACGUCCUCUCAACAGUCUGGAGAAGUGCAAACAAAUGAACCCCUGGAUAAAACAAGCACAGAUGUCUAUACUACAGCCAAGCUUUAUAAAAAUUACUUGUCUGAACGGCAAAGUGCCUCAAAAAAUUCAUUAGAGGUCAAAGAGCACCUCAGGCCUCCAACGGACUCCAUUCAUAAAGAUUCAGAGGAGCAUUCAGACCACUGGGCAAGGAGACGCAAGCUCUUCAAGGAGAGCAAACAGCGCAGUUCUGCAGGAGGAAGCUCUAUUACUAGCAAUAUCACAGAGGAAUCAGUUCUAGUAGCAAAAAGUGCGCCGUUCAUGGGCCAUGUUCCUCAGAUGUUGAGAGCUCAGAUGGCUGUUUCAGAUGGAGCAGCGGAGGAGGCAGGCCUGCAGGUUGGAGACUAUGUGCUGGCGGUCAACGGCACCAAUGUCACAAUGGUGCCACACUCAGAAGCGGCUGACCUCGCACGGCAAG